CUGGAAUACACUGAAUACGGGUACCUAGCACACAAUAAUUGAAAUCUGCCAGUCAGGCCAAUUAAAAGUUGGAGCCAACCUGUUUUCCGGGCACGAACUCCUUCCCCACAUUAUCGGUGUGGUUUUGAAUGGUCUUUUUUUUUUCUUCUGCACUUGAUUUUGUGUCCAUUUGUGUGUCGACCACAUAAGGUGGAUAAAACAUUCGCGUCCGUUAACUGUCUGGCGGUGGACGUUGUGUUACGUGGGUAGGAAGCGAAAGUUAGUUCAAAUUCGAAUUACAAUUGUGCAACAACGCGGUGACACGACGAUCGAGAAUGAAAAGUUUAAUUGCGGUAAUUGUGAUUUGUGCGUGUGCUGUCACAGGACACCGGGCCAGACCAAGAAAUGCUGGAUUGUCGUAUAACGCAACCUGCAUCAACCCGCACAAUAAACCCGGCAGCUGUAUUCUGGUGCGGGAGUGUCAAACCGUCCUCUCCACCCUGCGGAAGGAAACUCUCAGUAGAGAUGAAAUUGAUUUUCUCUACCACAGCGAAUGCGGCAAACUGGAGCGCAAAAGUUUAGUUUGCUGUCCCAACUAUUCCAUUAGCAGCAUCGACAAUGACACGUCCCCCGUUGCUUCAAGUUCUAUUGACACGUCCAAUCGAGUGGAUGGCGAUACUGGAGGCAGCAGUAGCAAUCGACCCAUACUGGACCAGUGGACAUUACUGCCGCAGCCAGGGGAAUGCGGAGUACAGCCAGAUUAUCAGUUGUUCGGUGAGAAUGUGACAAAACUGGACGAACAACCGUGGACGGCUCUGGUGCACUUUGGGAAUAUGCCAUACGAGACGACUUUCGAAUGCGGAGCGGCACUUAUCAGUUCUCGUUACGUUUUGACGGCGGCUCACUGUGUUACAGAUAGGGCAAAGUGGAGCAACCUUACGGUUCGUCUCGGAGAAUGGGACACGGACGCUACGGUCGAUUGCAUCGCUAUAGAAGACUACAGUGAAUUCUUCUGUGCCGAUCCGGCGAUAGACGUUGCAGUGGAGAAGGUGUUCGUUCAUGAACAGUUCGCCCGCCAUCAUCGCCCUCAGUUGAACGAUAUAGCACUGCUGCGAUUGGCGGAACCAGUCACCACGACAAGCUGGAUUCGUCCGGUUUGCCUCCCGGAGCGACCUGUUCUUCCGGCGUCCGAUGAAUUACUCAUUCUCGCUGGAUGGGGCAACAACGGUUGUGGUUACAACAGUCGCUACAAGGUUCGUUCUCGAUUGAACGCACUAAAGCAGGACCAGUGCCGGGGGUAUUUACCGCCCGGUUUCCGCCGAGUUAAUGACUACAUCUGUACCGUUCCGGUUGUCGAAGGCGAAAAGUGCCAUGCCGAUUCGGGUGGAGCAGUGACGAGUACCCGCCAGGUGGAGGGUGUGGGAGUCGUUCACGAAGUUGCCGGCAUAUUGAAUCAUAUGGUGGAAUGCCACGUUAGCAGACCGGUUGGAGUGUUUACCAGCGUGGGUCAGUACCUGGAGUGGAUUGUCAGUAAAUCUUUGUGGGGUAUUGACGAGCUUGUUGAACGCUGCCGUUCGAACGAAGGCAAACAGUUCAGUUGCGGGAUGUGGGUUUUGUUUGCAGUUGCACUAACCGGCUUCUUGAGUGGAAUCGGUGCGGAGACUCAGUAUGGGAGUAGCUGCAAAACACCGGUCAAUCAGCCGGGAUCGUGCGUUCUGGUAGUGGAAUGUGAUUUCAUCCGUCGAGUGCUGGCGAAACCGAUCCUGGAAAAUAACGAUGUUCGCUAUAUAGAAGCUAGUCGGUGUGGUAACUAUCAGAAGAAGCCUCUAGUUUGCUGUGCUCUUCCGGCGGCUUCAGCACCCAGCAGUGUUAGCAGUAACAAUGCUGGCAUUGACCAACGUGUCCAAAGUUCCAGUUUAUCCGUAGAGGGCAAGCGGAGACUGCUUCCUCUACCACCAAAUUGUGGAGUUCAGUACGACGAUCGGAUUGUCGGUGGAGAACGUACGGAAAUUACGGCUUAUCCUUGGUUGGCACGCAUUCAACACUAUGAUGAACGAUAUAAAAAAUACAAUUUCCAUUGUGGGGGUUCACUGAUCAAUACACGAUACGUGAUGACGGCGGCUCACUGCGUGCAUGGGCUUUCCAAGGCAUGGACGAUAACUGCCGUCCGCCUUGGAGAGUGGGACACCUUGACGAAUCCGGAUUGCGAAAACGAAGAGUGCUACGAACGCGUUCAGGACAUUCGCGUGGAGCAGUCGAUUCAUCACGAAAAAUAUGCUAGCUCGCGUACCGAAGUGCACAACGAUAUUGCCCUGCUGCGGUUGGCUUCCGAGGCCAUAUUGACCGAUACUGUUACACCGAUUUGCCUCCCAUUGGGCAGGAACUUUGCAAAUCGCCCAGUGGAUGGCAAACGACUGUUCGUUGCCGGUUGGGGUCAGACAGAAACAGAAACUGGAAGUCGCUUCAAACAACACGUGGCAAUUCCAAAAGUGACGACAUUGCAAUGCCAGAGUCAGUAUCCGUCAGCAAAUAUUGACGACCGGCAGAUUUGUGCCGGGGGUGAAGCCGGUAAAGAUUCCUGCAGAGGUGACUCUGGGGGACCGCUGAUGGAUAUCGUUGCACCAACCAUACAGCAACCGCAACCGGCCUUCUACGUAAUGGGCGUGGUCAGCUUUGGUAGACAGUGUGGGCUGGCGGGAGUCCCCGGAGUCUACACCAACGUAAACCGUUUUGAGGACUGGAUUUUGAACCACAUUGAACCAUAAUUUUCGAGACUCAAAUUUUUAACGAAAAGAACUGACAAAUACUCGAGCUUCUUGAACAUCCGCAGUGAUAUCUCACUAGUAAAUACA